AUGGAUAUGUUAGUGGGUAGCCAACUUCUGAUUGGUCGGAGAAGCAAAUGUUUGAUUUGCGAACAACAACACCUUCCUGAUACCAAACGAAUGUCGAUCGUAGACGGAAAGAAACAGUACUCAUUCAAAAUCCUUGUCAUAGGCGAUCCAGCCACAGGAAAAACUUCUAUCAUUAGAAGAUUCGUUCAUAAUGUUUUUACAGCAAAUUAUAAAGCGACG